AUGACUAUUGGUGAUAUGUAUUCCAAUAAUCUUAAAGCUGGUACUGAUACCCAUAACAUUGAUUUUAAAGCCUUAUGCUUUGAUAAAUUAUCAACAGCUAAUCAAACAGUUGGGUUUUCUUGGUUAUUAAGUCCAGAACCUCUAGUUGAAGAUUUUAGUGAAAUUCUUCUCUUAGAAAAUGUUAUAAACUCCUCAAAUUUAGAACUUCAAAAUAUAGUAUACAAAUUUUGUCUGAGCUUUGUAAAUUAUCUUUUGAAAAAAUUAAAGACAUCGCCUCAAAAACCAUAG